UUCCCGUCUCCACGGGGUACGUCAUGCGUUCCUUUCUGUUUGGCGUGUGACGUUGGCUGGGCGGGGCUUAGCUUUGAAUCGGCGCGGGGCGAAACGAGAGCAGGGGCUGCAGGUGGCGGUUGCCUCGGCCGCAGCGGAGCAAUGGAGCCGCCUCCCCAGAACGGGCCGGGCGCGCAGGAGGCGGCCGCUGAGGGAGCAGAGAGACGCGUCGCGUCGCCUCGGCCGCCCUCCAUCGAGGACUUCACCAUUGUCAAGCCCAUCAGCCGCGGCGCCUUCGGGAAGGUCUACUUGGGCCGCAAAGGAGGGAAGCUGUACGCCGUCAAGGUAGUCAAAAAAGCCGAUCUGAUCAAUAAGAAUAUGGUCCAUCAGGUACAGGCAGAGAGAGAUGCCUUGGCUCUUAGUAAAAGUCCUUUCAUUGUGCACUUAUACUACUCACUUCAGUCUGCAAACAAUGUUUACUUGGUAAUGGAGUAUCUCAUUGGUGGAGACGUUAAAUCACUCCUCCAAAUAUAUGGUUACUUUGAUGAAGAGAUGGCUGUCAAGUAUAUUUCCGAAGCUGCACUGGCUCUUGAUUACCUCCACAGGCAUGGAAUAAUUCAUAGAGACCUGAAGCCAGACAACAUGCUGAUAUCAAAUGAGGGUCACAUUAAGUUGACAGACUUUGGAUUGUCCAGAGUUGCUCUGAACAGAGAGAUAAACAUGAUGGAUAUCCUCACAACACCAUCAAUGCCUAAACCGGCACAAGAUUAUUCACGUACUCCGGGACAAGUGUUGUCUCUUAUCAGCAAUUUAGCCUUUUACACCCCGGUUGGAGCUAAAAUACAUGCACCCAGUCCAAGCCCUAUUUCUAUGGAUACGCCUAAGCUCUCCCAAGGAUUUGUUUCUCCGCUCUCUGUGAGCCACAAAGACUGUGCUUCUGCAUCAGGCAAGCUGCUGAGGACAUGCCUUGAUUCUUCAAUUGUGAUGCCUGUUCGGAGUCUGACGCCAAGUCUGCUUCAGUCCCGGAAAAGGUUUGGGACCUCAAGUGCCAGUAGCCUUUCCCGCACCCAGCUAUCCAGCAUGGAGUCAGAGUGCUGUAGCAGCCCCAGGUGGGAGAACGACAUACAGGAAGCAGAGGACAUAUUCUGCUCUGCCGCUGGUAAGGGGGCUACGUCAGAACAGCCUCAUAAUGCAGAUCUACUCUAUACCAAUGACACGAAAGCCUUAAAGAGGAGAGCACUGGAGUCUGUCAUAUCCCCUAUCAGCAGCAAUGGUUCUGGGAGCAGGCAUGAAAGAAAAGUAGAACAUUCAGACAUGCGCGGUACCUCUGUAAGGACUUGUGAUGUGAAAGACCUGGUAAGAAAAUGUCUUUCAGAAUACAAAGAAUGGGAAGGAAAACUUACUGCAGACAAACCUGCUCUGGCUGAGGGAGCAGCAGAUUUUUCUGAUGGCCAGAGGUCACCUUCGUGCUUGGCCAGCCUUGCCAAAGAAAAAGAGGAGGUAAGGUUGGAGGAGAAGCUCAGUGUCAAAAGAAGCUAUGCGCUUGUUGACACCAGUCCAUCUCAAGAACUUGCCUUUGUCAAAAAAAACAGUGCGGAAUACAAACGUGGUUGUAAAAUUGUAGAUAUCCCUGAGAAGCAAUGCACGAGUUUAACAACGGAAAUCAAAUGCUUAAAACUUGCUGGUGACAGAUGUCUGCAGGAGAACUGUGCAAAUGACGAUCAAGCAAAAGACUUCAGAUGCACUAACCAAAAGAAGGGUGGGAAACGUGCUAUCUUUUUAAUAGCUAAGAAUCUAAUGUGUGAUCUAGAUGCAGACUGUGAAAAGGACAGAAAAAAGGAACACUUGAGUUCCAGCUUCUUAAGCACCAAUGAUGAAAAGCCUUUAGCAAACAUGAGUGCAGACUCCAAUCUAUCCCUUCUGGAAGCAUCUGCUGCAGUGAUGCGUUUAGAACAGCACCUGUCUCAUACAGCUGGGAGCAUCACCUUGGAUGAACUGAAAACAGAGGAUGUGUCUGAAAUCUCACUUAGCUGUGCAGAUGCCUCAUUGAGAGGUGAGGAAGUGGUUGCUGUCCGGGAGAGCAAGGAAUUGCAGCAUGAACAGGACAAGAGUUUGCAAAGUGGAACUGAGACAUAUCCCAACAGCCAUUUUUCUCCAUCAGAGGAAAAGAUGAAAACACUGACCCUCCUCAAGAAAAACAUGGUUGCCUUCCGUAGUUGCAACAGCCCGGGCAAUAUGUCUAAUAUAUCUGAGCCAUCAAGAAUCAGCACAAUUUCUGUAGAAGGAAUGGAUAUCUCUGCUUGUAGCGGCUCUUAUCCUAGAACUAUUACGCCUGCACAAAAGGGAAAACACUACAGAGUUUAUCAGACCCCUCAUCAGGGAAAUGCUGAUACACCCUACAGAACUCCAAAGAGCGUUCGAAGAGGGGCUGCCCCAGUUGAGGGAGAAUGCAUUUUAGGGACCCCUGACUACUUGGCUCCCGAGCUGCUCUUGGCAAAGGCUCAUGGCUCUGCAGUAGACUGGUGGGCACUUGGAGUUUGCCUGUUUGAGUUUUUAACUGGAAUUCCUCCAUUCAACGAUGAGACACCACAACAAGUAUUCCAGAAUAUUCUGAAAAGGGAUAUUCCAUGGCCUGAAGGUGAAGAGAAGCUGUCUGACAAUGCUCAGAAUGCAAUUGAUAUUCUUUUAACCAUCGACAUUAUGAAGCGAGCUGGACUCAAGGACCUGAAAAUUCACCCCUUCUUUCAUGGUGUACACUGGGAUAAUCUGCAGAAUCAGACCAUGCCUUUCAUUCCACAGCCAAAUGAUGAAACAGACACUUCUUAUUUUGAAGCAAGGAAUAACGCUCAGCAGCUGACAGUAUCUGGGUUCAGCUUCUAAUAUCAAGGAAAUGGAAUGCUCUAUAGUGUUGUGCAUUUAUAGAGCUUCCUUGUAACACUAGUGUACUCCUGGGUUUGUAAGCAUGUAGUUUUUAAAAUAUUACGUAUUUUUAAUUGAUUUUCUUAUAAGAUGUAUUGAAGCUUUUAGCUCCAAACAAUCUGAUCCUUUUAUUAGUUUCUGCACUUUAUAUAAAGCUAAGUAUUAUGUAUGGAAUGGUAGAACGAAUUACUUUUAUGCACAAAAAAUGUGGUUUUCUGCUGCUAUGGAAUGUUUCUACUGUUGGGAGAGGCUAUCAUUGCAGCAUCAAUUUUGGGGAAGGGGCUAAAUGCACGGGGGUGUUGCUUGUGGUUCAAAAAUAGGGUUAGGAUUUGUUUGAAUCUUCUUAAGAUUAUUUCUCAGACCCCCUGUGACAAUGCCAGUGUUUUUUCAGUGUAGCCAAGAGAACCCCCGUCCAUCUUUUAGCAUAUGCAAUCAUUCAGGCACUUUAGGUCCUUUAUAAACUGCUCUCCUGCUGCUAAACUAUCAGUGUUCCCAUUGUCUCUGGUUUUAUUGUCAGUGUUUGUUUUUUCCCCACCCGGCUUACUUUUGAAAUUGUGGCAAAAGAGAAAAAAAAACCUCCUGUAGGUUUUAAUUGUCCUACUGAAAAGACUUAGAGGCUUCUGUGGCUUGUAAAUGAAACAUUGUUUUAUAAUUUUAAACACAGAAAACUGGAGGCUCCAUUUGGAUCAAUUUAAAAGAGUUAAAUGUUUAAAACAGCCUGCUUAGAACAUGAGAAUCAAAAAGUGUAUAUUAAAGUACAUGUAAUGUAUUUAUACAAUUCAGUGAAAUACAGAACAUCUGAUUUUGUUUCAAUAAACCUUGAAUUAAAACCAACAUAUUGUACAUUAGGCAUUUAAAAUAAAGAGUUCUGUAUUUAGCAGAUAUA